ACAAAAAAACCAACAACCCCAGAACGAAGUGAUUGUUCCUGUUCUCUUUCUUAAGUCAUUUGAAACACUGUCCCUCCUUAUUUUCUAAAUCAACCACAGUUCCCUACUCAAGAAGCGACAGAGGCUGCCAGUUAGGAAGCAGGUACAGAACUUGGGCCAACAGCCACCAGAGCAGUGUCAGCAGCUGACACAAAUGCCUCCUGGAGCCUGUGCAGAUGCAUUUAAAGCAGAUUUGGCACAAAGGAGAUGAAUUAAUGAAGCUAGAGUAUGCAAGAGGAAUUAAAUGCGAUGAAGAAAGAGGAAGCUCCCUGCAAUAUGGAUGGCAUACAAACCCUUCCCUUUCCCCACUGCUUGGACCCUGUUGUGAAGUCAGACAUAGCUUCACCGCUCAAUGAAGAAUUCAGAGCACAGCUUGCCCAGUUGGGAUAUGGCCCUUCCCCUGCAGAACUGCAGAACUUCCAGGGCUCCUUAGAAGGAGGAUCUCGCAAGCGUAAAAGCAUGCCCACGAAAAUGCCCUCUGCUGUCUCACCAGGAGAGCCCACCUCCCCGCCACACAGGUCUGAAGACAUCCCCACUGCAAGUUCUCCUGACCUCCCUUUAAUAUUCCAGCACCACCACACACAGCCAAACUACAAUGCCCACAUGAUUGACCUGUGCAACAUUGGCUUUCAGUUCUACAGAACUCUGGAACACUUUGGAGCACAGUCUAUCAAGGAAGAACCCAUCAAGCCUAAUGUGCUCUGGCCUGGACCUGCCCCAUUUCUGCAGGUGCCCUAUCCAUACUAUCCUAAAGUUCACCCUUCUAUGAUGUUUCCAUUUCUUAUGCCCCCAGAUUUUCAUUUCAGAAGCCCUUUCCCACUGAAAAGGCCUCUGGAGCCUCCCUUCUCCAGGAGGACGGAGUUAGAGGAACAAGCUGAAAGUAAACAGAAGGUGGAGAGGGUGGAUGUCAACAUUCAGAUCGAUGACAGCUAUUACGUUGACGUGGGAGGGGAACAAAAGCGCUGGCAGUGUCCCAUGUGCGACAAGUCCUAUACGUCUAAAUACAACCUGGUCACCCACAUUUUGGGGCAUAGCGGCAUCAAGCCGCACGCUUGCUCUCGCUGCGGCAAGCUUUUCAAGCAGCUGAGCCACUUGCAUACCCACAUGCUCACCCACCAGGGCACCCGGCCUCACAAAUGCCAAGUGUGCCACAAGGCCUUCACCCAAACCAGCCACCUGAAGAGACACAUGAUGCAGCACAGCGACGUCAAGCCUUACAGCUGCAGGAUCUGCGGGAGAGGUUUUGCCUACCCCAGCGAGUUGAAAGCCCACGAGUCCAAGCAUGAGAGCGGCCGGGAGAAUAUUUGCAUUGAGUGCGGCCUUGACUUCCCGAGCUUGGCUCAGCUGAAGAGGCACCUGACCACCCACCGAGGCCCUAUACAGUACCAGUGCACAGAGUGCGACAAGACCUUCCAGUACCCAAGCCAGCUGCAGAAUCACAUGAUGAAGCACAAGGACAUCCGCCCGUACAUCUGCACUGAAUGCGGCAUGGAGUUUGUUCAGCCCCAUCACCUCAAGCAGCACUCCUUGACUCAUAAGGGUGUGAAGGAGCACAAGUGUGGGAUCUGUGGCCGAGAGUUCACGCUACUUGCUAAUAUGAAGAGGCACGUAUUAAUUCACACCAACAUCAGGGCCUACCAGUGCCAUUUGUGUUUCAAGAGCUUCGUCCAAAAACAGACGCUCAAAGCCCAUAUGAUUGUCCACUCAGAUGUCAAGCCCUUCAAAUGUAAGCUGUGCGGAAAGGAAUUUAAUCGAAUGCAUAAUUUAAUGGGGCACAUGCACUUGCAUUCAGACAGCAAGCCGUUCAAAUGUCUCUACUGUCCCAGCAAAUUCACCUUGAAGGGGAACCUCACCAGACACAUGAAAGUCAAACACGGAGUGAUGGAAAGAGGAUUUCGGUCUCAAGGACAUGGAAGGGAACGAAUAAGAACAUCACAAACAGAUGCCUCAAGGAGCCCGGAACAGGAAGAACCCUUUGACCUUUCCCAAAAAAACCAAGGGAAAGGACUUUCAUUUCACUCUGAUGGGGAAAGUGCCAAAGGAAGCUCGUGUCAUGAGGAAGAUGAAGACAACUGCUAUGGGGUGGAGCCGCAGAGCCCUGCCAUGUACCACAGCAACAGCAAGCAUGAUCUUUCCAGCCAAUCAGAACUCGAGAUGAAAGACUUCAGAGAGUCGUACUGUGAUGAGAAAGAGAAAAUUCUGGAUUCAAAAUGUGAGGAGAGGAAAGAUAUCAACGGGAACCAGAGCCGAGGAGAAAGAGACUUUGCAAAUAAUGACGGGAGGCAUAUGGGCUUUAGCCACUUUGAGAAUAAUAGACUCACUCAGUCUCUCUCUGACUACUUGUAUUUUCAACAUAGAAACAAGAGUUUGAAGGAGCUGCUGGAAAGGAAAAUGGAAAAGCAAACUGUUUUUCUGGGUAUCUAAAAGGACACAUGUAAACCUAGCGUUGGGAAAGAGAAGUUCCUUCAUAGUUUUCAAUACCAUGAGCUGUAAUCUAACAAGACUGGCAAAUGAUGAAAAAGCAUAAAUAAUUUAAGGCAAUUUUCACCCGUCAUUCACUUGUCCCUAUUUUUAUACACUAAUGUCAUAGAUACAAUGAUGUCAUAUAUAGCAAUCUAGUCUAUAAGCUUCUUUCCAAUAAUUUCCCCCAACAUUCUGACCUGGUCCAUGCAUGCAGCAGAGUGAAAUGAACGAGUCCUGGAUGUGCUGUAACCUUUUGUUGUUGUUGUUUUAUUUACUUAAAGAUAUUGGCUAUUCCAUAUUUUUGCUCUAUCUUUAGAGCAAACUUUAGUUUGAACUGUCAGGUGUACCUUACAGGGUUUGAGUCCUGCUUGAGGACCACCUGGGCAUCUGGUUGGCCACUGUGAAAACAGGAUGCUAGACUAGAUUCUUCUUAAGUUUUUAUGGUCAAUGGACAUUUCAGCUUGCAGGCCUGUGAGUGGCUUUGCAUUCCCUCACAGCAACACUGCUACAGAACUACCGUACUAUUCAGCAUUCUUCAUGGGAAGCCAUGGUGGUGUAAAAACCAACAGAAGUCAGUAAUGCAGAUAUGGCCUUAGUCUAAGCCUUAGAGAAACAUCUGAAGUGCUCAGCAAAUCCAGAAUGCUUUACCUAAGAGCAGGCGGUACAUAACACGGAGAUUCUGGGAAGCUAAGUAGGAUUCUGCAAGGUACAGCAGAACAGAGCAGACAAGUGGAAAACUCAAAGGAAAUAUUGAUCAUAUCUCAUGAUGAAAGGAUGUGGCUAGGACAACAAAGGGUAUCAGUAACAUGAUGAUCAAUUAACAAAUGGGUUUGGCCUUAGAACACCUGACUCAGGAGAGUUCUGAUGCACUUGGAGACCGGUAAAAAGUAAAGAUCACCUGGGUCCACUGUAAACCGCUAUGCAAUACAAAGGCAGACUUCUGAUUAUUUGAAGUAUAUCAACAUUUUUAGGAUCUCCCAUUAUGUGAUAAAAGAUCAGGCAGGUCCCAAUGAAUUUCAUUAUGAAUUUACUCUGGUUAUAAUUUUGUCCCUUGCUCCCGUGCUCUCCUCAACAUGUUAUUUCUAAGUUAUUUGUCUCAGUCUGUUGCAGCCUCUUCUCUUCUCUUCUCUUUGAGACCUUUGUGUUGGUUCCAGUUUCUUUGCACCUUCCUGUUUCCAUAGUGUUGCUGCAUUUGGCUGCUGAUCACGGGUGGGGAACCUGUAUCCAGGUCCUCUCAGCCCCAGCCUUCAUGUCCGAUGCUCAGAUGAGUUCAGAUAAGGUGAGAGCUCCAAACAUCUGGAGGGCCACCGGUCCCUCAUCCCUGCUGUAGACUGUGCAAAUCUGAAAAGUGCAAUUUUAAAUAUAGUAUUUAUUAUGCCAAGGAGAGUAUUUAAUAAAGUCUUGCCAGGUGUACAAUAACACACUGCGUCUGCUUAGCUGAAUAGGAAAUAACAACAUUAACAGUAUGUAUUCUUGUAUCUGUGCAUUGAUUUGUGUGUGUGUGUAUUUUAAACAACACCUGACAAGUGGGAUCCAACCCAAAUUCCAGUAUAUUUCUUGAUAGCCAGUAGCUCAUCUGAAAUGUCACAUGUCAAAUAUAUUUUGUUAAUUUAAAACAAACAAAUAAAUAUAUAUCAAAGGUGCUGUUGUAGUUUGCAUCAAGCCAGCCCAGAAAUGUCAAUUGUCUCUGUCCUGAUAAAACAACAGGUCCAUGUUUCUCAUGGUUAUACUGUCACAUGCUGCUCCCUACUUUCCCAACUGGGAGAUGUUCCAGGAGCAGCACUUACCUGGUUAUGUGUUCUUUUGGCAGGUAUUUUCUUUUAAUAUAUGAAUUUAUUUACAAAUAUAUAGGAUGGACAUAGGUGGAUUUAUACAAUCAGUAAAUCAACUGCCCUACACCAUAACUGUUAUACCGGUAGUUACUUGGUUGCAAUGAGGGCCCUGUUUUUGUCAGACAAAAAGUCAGAACCUCGUCCUAUGAACAUAGGAAUCUGCCUUAAAUUCAGUCAGACCAUUGUUCCAUCUACCUCAGUACUAUCUACACUGACUGGCAGCAGCUCUCCAAGGUUCUAAGCAGGAGUCUCUCCCAUCCCCAAUUGGGGGGGGCAGGGUUUGAACCUGGCAUCUUCUGCAUAUAAGGCAGAAGUUCUAAUACUGAGCUACACUCCUUCUCCAUGGUUCACAAGUAAAUGCAGUUGCAAAUAGGCACCCUGCUUUGAGGGGAAGACUAUUACAGGUACCUGGAAUUAAGCCUGUGGGUAUAUACUCUCGAGCCAAGGAGCAGGUUGACACACCUAGCACCCAAAAUCAGUAAAUAAAUUUGCAAAGAGCUUCCAUGACAGUAUGCAAUUGAAAAGAACAGAAUGCCAUAGGCCCAGCCACACAACAAGUGUAAGGGUGCUUACACCUCACAAUGGGGGAAGCAGUGUGAGGCUUGAGGAAGAGAAGGAAUCUCUCAAAACGAUGGUGCACUUCAACUUCAUAAGUUCCUAAGGUGAUGGAUUGCACAAUUCUAUUCCCAUUUAGGAAAUGUCAAAUGCCAACGAUAUAGCUUUGGAAGGGAAAGGGUGAGUGAGAAUAACACGAGCUUUGUGAAUAUCUCCCUGUGUACUUUUUCCUGAGUGAAAGAAGGGGAAACUCAAGUUUUGCUCUCCUUGCUCUGCUAAAUGUUUGUGUUGCUCCUUACAAGAGCAGGGAUUAUUUAUGCAUUAAUUGCCUUUAGGGGUGUCGGAUAAAUUCCAUUCAGCACACAUUAAAAGCGGAAUCUAUCCAAUUCAUACUUCCCCAACCAACAGGUGAAUCAAAACACAGCCAACCUUCAAAAUUCACACUUAUCUGAAUAAUGUGAUGCAGUUCUUCAACCAAACGGUGGUUACAAAAAUGCUUAUAUGAGAGGAGAGUGUUCACAAAAUGAUGAUGUUAAAGAAAGUAACAUACAUAAUGCUAAUAAUAUUAGCGAA